AUGGGCAGUGGCCAGAGCAUGAACCAUAAUCCGGGUGACAUGAUGGAUCAUCAUCAGUAUCCAGAUAUGAACAUGAUCUUUAAAGGAAUCCCGAAAAUGAUUCAGGUGGCCGACGACAUGCACAGAAUGACUGACUACAUUAUGGAUCUUCGCAAUCUGACUAUCGCUGUUUUGGGUAUUUCAGUUCUCGGAAUGAUUGGUUUUCUGAUUUUGAAAAUAGUUCACAACAAACGUUCCGGAAGAAAACGACGCUCAUUCCAGCGACAGAUGGAAGAUGGAUAUCCACCAGCAGCUCCAAGAUAUUACUAUUCUUCGCAGUAUGCUCCUGAACCAUGGGAUCGGCCGAAACACACAUAUAGCCCAUCGAUCGAGGAGAAGAAACAAUUGGAGUGCAGAAACAGCAGUCCAGAAUUCAAAGGAAAUGGAUCGGUGAACUACAAGCCAUACACAAACGAAUCAACUGAAAUCUCGCCUGAAAUCGAAAAGAAGACAUCACUGGGUAAUGACAUGUCUCAUCGUGCAACAACCGCCAGCGUGCCAAAGAGAUCACUCGAUCCAGUCAAGUUAGUGGUCGGUGAUCUGCCAUAUGUUGAUUCGUCAUGA